AUGAACUCCAUGGGUGAUUCGAAGAAGCUUCAUAUAGCCAUGUUCCCAUGGCUAGCCUUCGGUCACUUAAUUCCAUUUUUAGAGCUUGGCAAGCUCAUAGCCCAAAAGGGUCACCGUAUUUCAUUCAUAUCAACCCCAAGAAACAUUGAACGCCUUCCGAAGAUCCCAUCAAAUUUAGCUCCUUCAAUAACUUUCGUGAAGCUUCCCUUACCCCAUGUAGAAAACCUGCCAGAAAACGCAGAAGCUACCAUGGACGUGCCAUACCACAUAAUCCCAUACCUUAAGAAAGCCCACGAUGGCCUCCAACAACCUUUAUCUCAAUUUUUAGAAACAUCAGCUCCUGAUUGGAUUAUUCACGACUUUGCCCCUCACUGGCUACCACCAAUUGCUACCAAGCUAGGCAUCUCCCGGGCUUUCUUUAGUAUUUUCAACGCAUCAUUUUUGUGCAUUUUAGGACCGUCAAAGUCGAGUGUAACGAACGCUCAAGAACCCCGAACAGAGGCCAAGGAUUUCACCGUCCCUCCCAAAUGGGUCCCGUUUCCAACCAAAAUAGCGUAUCGGUUGUUUGAGGCGAAGAAAAUUUUUGAAAACUUUGAUGAAAAUGCUUCCGGUGUUUCGGACUGGUUUCGUCUCUUGACUAUCUACUUAGGCGCCGAUGCCUUGGCUAUUAAAACCUGCACGGAGAUAGAAGACUUACGAAUGGGAGGUGGUCCUCAAGGGUUCGUUAGGGAAAUGAUUUUGUUUUGGUUUCGGUUCGAUACUGUAACAAAAAUUGAUUAA